AUGAUUUCAGCCGCCAGGUGCAAGGCAAGGAUAUAUGUGAAGUUUGAUAAGGAGAAGCAAGAGUGGAUUUUCUUCAAGGUUGAGUUAAGGCACUCUUACCCAUGUUCAGCGAGAAAGGCGGUGCACUACCAUGAGUAUAGGGAGCUGACCAUGCAUGCGAAGUGCAUGAUCAAUGAUAAUGAUGUGGCUGGAAUUCGACCAAACAAGACAAUCCUAAUUUUGGCAAACGAGGCUGGAGGCCCGUCUAAUCUAGGAUUCUCAGAAAAGGAUUUAAGAAACUAUAUUACAGCAAGUCUCCAAACCAGCAACGUGAAUGUGGAUGUUAGGGAGAUGAUGAGCUACUUCAUGAGAAUGAAGGACAUCAAUCCGAACUUCUUCUAUGCGGUGAAUUUUGACGAGGAGUGUAAAUUUAGGAGUAUAGUAUGGUUGGAUGCAAGGUUUAGGGCGUCGUAUGAAUAUUACAGAGACAUCGUGUCAUUUGAUAGCAUGCACAGUACAAACAGGUCUAGCUUGGUCCAAUUUGUUCACAAAUAUGACCAUGUGCUUGGAAUUAAGGAGGAAAAGGAUUUAGAGGAUGAUACAGCAGACUCGAGGGAGGUUAUCCCUUGUGCAACAAGCUUGCCUAUGGAAAGACAAUUUCAGUAG